AUGAGCCCGUCCGAAAUUGCCGCGAUGAGCCUAGAGGACCCGUACCGUGCGGACUUGUCACAGUUAGGUCUCCAGUAUCGGCAAAGAGGAGCUGAGCUGCAGGCAUGGAUUGCUGACCCGACAGCACCUGGCUGUAACGUCCAACAGAAGAUUCAAAGUUGGGAGACGUUGCUAGGGGAUGACAUAAGAAGGUGGGAUCGCAAUACUACUCAAACAACAAAUCUUGAACUUAUCGAUGGUCAGAUGCCCAUUCAACGUGGUUGGGUAAGUCCACCUUUGGAGGUGGGAAAUGUCCACAAGAUAGGGCUCUCCCACAACAACGUGUACCGUCAGAUAAUCUGGCAACCAAUGGGUACCGGCCCAUAUGGGGUCCAAGUCAUGAACAUCUGGCGUCAGGACACAGGGCUCGGUGCCAUCUUCGCCCGCGAUAUCCUGAGACAACAUGGGGCGCAUUGGGGGGAAGUUUGCCAAGCCCAGUACACGAUUGAUAACCCAAUUGAGACUCUGAAGUAUGUGUUCGUCAUCAAUUGUGUCAACGAUCAGACUUGGCCCUAUGUGAUGGACCUGUACUACAGAAAGAAGCUCAGCUAUGACGACCCUCUGCUUCCGGCUGUAAUCUGGCAGUGGGACUCUCCUGAGUACCAGGAGAUCUUAGGAACGACAAUUGGGAGGGGAGUUGCUCGUCUCGUCCUUGGAUCUUUUCCAAGAGGUACGCGUCGGAUUGAUAGGAUUCAGACCUGGGUACACAACGGCCAACUCCAGUUGCGAUUUGACAUUGUUGAGGUCAAUCCAACGGGUGAGGCGGUGUGA